GUCCCUACAACCAAAUAUUAUGGCACCUCUGCAGAUCAUCGGCGCUGGCUAUGGUCGUACUGGAACUGAUAGCUUGAGGGAAGCACUUGAAAUUCUAGGCUACCGCACUCACCAUAUGAGACGUAUGCAUGAAGAUAAAGAUACCGAUCCCGACGGGUUCAGAAAUGCUUAUGAGAAUCCAACACGUUCUGUCGAUUGGGACAGAUUGUAUGGAAAUUACGAUGCUGCCGUUGAUUGGCCAACGGUUACAUUCGUUGACAGACUUAUCAAUCACUACCCGGAUGCAAAAGUUAUCCUGACUGAACGGGAUCCAGAUAGCUGGUAUGCUUCACUCCGCGAGACGAUUGCCAAAGUGUUGCCAUGCGACCCAAACGAUGCUCACAUAGGACGCAUACGAAGCAUGGCGCGUGCAAUUGUACUGGAUGGUGUCUUUCAGGAUCCUGCAAAAUCUGAUAUGCUACUGGAUGAUCAAGAGGCCAUCAAAGCAAAGUACAAUGCUCAUGUUGCGUGGGUCAAAGAGAACGUACCAGAGGAACGUCUUUUUAUCAUGAAGCUUGGCGAAGGAUGGGAUCGGCUGUGCGCAUUUUUAGGGAAACCUGUGCCUAACUUGCCAUAUCCGCACUCGAAUAAGCGAAAAGGGUUUCAAGAUUGCUGGCGCAAGUUCGAUGACGGAGGACAUUCAUACCCUGUUGAGCCACUGUCCGUAAAGAUGAGCUGA